UGGUGGGGAACAGAUGUCGAUCCUGUCCGAAGAGGGAGCGGCGGAGGGGCUCCCAGCCUCCUGUGGGGUCUAACGCGUCCUUUAUGCGAGCGGGAUGGGAUCGAAUGUAAAUCUUUUCGUAUAUGUAUAUUUAUCUGAGCCACAAUGGCUCUUGAGAUGAGAGCAAAAUUUCUUCUCUUAUUGUUUUGCAUACUCGGCGGGAGCGCGGACGAUGAACUAGAAAUCUUCGACGUAUUAUCAGUAGUGAGAGAUGGCGGGCUCCCAGAGGGAGUGUUGCCCGCCCGCGGUCGCUGCCAGGCCCCCAACACCCCGUACUCAGAGUUCUCUGCCUACAGCCUCGGCCAGAACGCCACGGUGCACCAACUCGCUGCUGGAAUGUUCUACAACAUGUUCCCAGAGGACUUCUCUAUUCUGGCUGUUUUGAGGCUACGAGACACUGAGCAAUAUCCAGUAUUUGUGCUUUACUCGGACUCCGGUGACGAUCAGCUGCAGCUCAUUGUGGGGCAGCUCGUCGAGCUGUACUACCAGGACACGAGGGGCGACCCACCUGAUGACGAAAUGUUGACGUUCAGAGUCAAUAUCGCUGACGGAAGGUGGCACCGAUUGGGUCUUAGCAUAAAAGGCGACUCAGUAACUUUACUGGUGGAUUGCGAAAUUAAAGGAACCCUUUUGUUGAACCGAAAGCCAGGGAGCACCUUCAACUUGGCAGGCGCUUUAGUUUUAGGCACUCAAGUGACAGCAGAGCAAUAUUAUGAAGGUGACAUCGAGCUGCUACAAUUUACCAACAAACCAGACACAGCCUACGACAUUUGUACUACAAUAGCUCCAGAUUGUGGCACUUACGGAACUUCAUACAGAUUAGAUUCUACUAGAGUAAUAGAUGAUAUUGAUGAUGAAUUAGAUUUUGGCACGAACGAAGAAAUCAAUAGUCUUAUUUUACCAACCACAAUACAACCAACGCGUGACACGCCACAUGUUGACGGAAACGGCAGAAGGGAGUAUGGGCAUUUUGGACGGAGAAGAACUUUCAACGAACUCAACAGAUCCGACAACACUUGGCAACCAAAUUACGCAGAACUUAGUACCCCGCGACCGAAUAUUCAAUUUACAAAUUUUAUAGGGGUAACAGACUCAUACAUUCCCAUGACAGAUAAUGAUGAGAACAGCAUCUUUGGCAGUUUUCGGAACGAAGAUGAAUUACUGCCGACCUCUCCAAACAUUGUCGACGCUACAUCACCCCAGCCUCUGGAAAUAACCACGACACCAAGGCUAAAGAGAAGGGGCGAUGAUGAGGCGGAAAUAUAUACUCUUGUGACUACUGAAUCUUCUUACACACCAAUGACAACCACUGAAGAUGAAGACUAUCUCACUCAUCCUCCCGAUUAUGGCGAUGAUAAUUCCACUGGAUAUGAUUCAACAUACUACGAUUACGGAGCCGCUGGGACAUAUUUUGGACCCCGUGGGUAUCCGGGGCCACCAGGGCCUCAGGGGCCUAGGGGGCCGAAAGGGGAACCGGGCAAACCCGGAGCAGAAGGACAGCAAGGAUUUACUGGACCACCAGGCCAUGUUUUCGUUGUUCCAUUACAACAAUCAGUAAACGAGAAAGGGCCUGAUGUACAGUCCCAAGCGUUGAGUCAGAUGUUAGCACAACACAUGGCUGCUAUGCGUGGUGUUGAUGGCCCGAUGGGUUUGACUGGACCUCCAGGACCUGAAGGGGAAACUGGGCCUGAAGGACCUAAAGGAGAGCAAGGCGAACAGGGGGAACCAGGAUCUUUUGGGCCAAGAGGACCCCAAGGCCCCCCGGGUGGAGCAGGCCGUCGAGGUCACCCUGGGAGAGAUGGGGAACGAGGGUCAACUGGCGCAACGGGUCCUAAAGGCGAUGUUGGUUAUCCUGGACUACCUGGCAUACCAGGGGAUAAAGGAGAGCGGGGAGUACCGGGACAGCAGGGUGAACCGGGAACUCCAGGGCAGGACGGCCCGCCCGGGGACGAUGGUCCGCCAGGGCCACCUGGUUUAUCAGGAGAACUUGGUCCAAGAGGAUUCAUGGGACCCAGAGGUUUUCCAGGCUUAAUAGGUUAUCCAGGAUUACCUGGUAUUGAAGGACCACAAGGAGCUAAAGGUUUGUCUGGACAACCCGGUCCACCUGGGCCACAAGGGCAAUCGGGUCCAAUGGGACCAGCAGGCUCCUCUGGGCCUCAAGGACCAAUGGGCUCACCAGGAAUUCAGGGUCCUCAAGGCAAACCUGGCAUUUCGGGUCUUCCGGGACCAGAAGGAUCACCAGGAACACCCGGCAACCCCGGGCAACAAGGAUCGCCUGGAGAACCCGGACCACAGGGACCUCAAGGUAUGCUAGGAUUUCCUGGACCACGUGGAUUAAAAGGAGAUGAUGGGCCUCGAGGCUUACCAGGCGAUAAAGGCGACAAAGGUCCUCGAGGAAUCGAGGGUGAAAAGGGUGAUAUGGGCCCGAAGGGAGAACGAGGUUUACCUGGAGAAGCCGGACCAGCUGGGAUAGAGGGUCCUGAAGGACAAAAGGGUGCUGAGGGUUUAAGAGGUGAAACUGGCUCUGUAGGGCCUGCUGGUGAAAAGGGAUUUACAGGACCACAAGGACCACAAGGCUACCCUGGCAUUCAAGGGGAAAAGGGAGAUAAAGGAGCAUCUGGUAGACGUGGAAGAAGAGGAGCAAAAGGCCCAGCGGGCUUAAUAGGAAACCCUGGUGAUCGUGGUGAAACUGGACCAAGGGGGUACAGAGGACCAAGAGGUAGACGUGGGUCCGAUGGAGCUCCCGGGCCUAAAGGAGAUACAGGACAGCCGGGCCCCCCAGGGCUAACAGGAGAACGAGGUCCUCAAGGCUUGGAAGGCGUUCGAGGAUUCCCUGGAGCUCUAGGCCCGCCAGGCCCUGACGGGAAACCAGGCAUGCCAGGUCCCCCAGGGGAACGUGGACCAACGGGAGAUCCUGGGGCAGUUGGCCAGUCUGGUCCUCCAGGUGCAACAGGACCUCAAGGACCCGUGGGCGAAGCUGGACCACAAGGACCACCCGGUGCGGCAGGGGUACCGGGAAUCCCGGGAGAAGUUGGUGCUCCUGGGGAGAUGGGGAAAGAAGGCCCGCCAGGACCGCCAGGACCUGAGGGGAAGCCUGGGCCAGUGGGCUCAACAGGGCCGCCUGGACAUCAGGGAGAAACGGGAUUGCCGGGAACUCCAGGUGCCCCUGGAUCCAAAGGCGAUCUAGGCCCACCUGGCCCUCCAGGGGCAAGAGGUGAUAAAGGGGAGCAAGGUGAAUCGGGGCAUGAAGGUCUGCAAGGGCCACAGGGACGUGAAGGGCCUCGGGGCUCACCAGGACCUGGCGGACAAAAAGGCGAGAUUGGAGAACCGGGUCCAUUAGGUCCAAUUGGGCGAGAUGGUCUUCCUGGACCCAGAGGACUAGCAGGUACACCGGGGCCAAUAGGUCCACCAGGUGAAGAUGGGGAUAAGGGAGAAGCUGGGCCACCUGGAGAAAAGGGUUUUAAGGGAGCAGCUGGUGAACCAGGCCCACAAGGAUCUCCGGGAAUUCAAGGCCUGCGAGGAGAAUCGGGUCCGGUGGGCCUGCCUGGGGAUAAGGGGCCUCAGGGUGAACCCGGUCCACCAGGCCUCCACGGCGCAGACGGAGUGAGGGGGCUUCCUGGACCAGCGGGGCCAAUAGGUCUACAGGGAGAAAAGGGUCAACAAGGCCUAUCAGGAGAUAAAGGCGACAUCGGACCUACGGGUCCAACAGGCCCCGUAGGACCUACCGGACAACCAGGUAGACGUGGGCCAAAGGGAUCUCCAGGCGAGCCGGGGCCUAGAGGUGCAGAAGGGCAACCCGGAGAUAUAGGUAGUCCUGGUGCACCUGGAUCUCCAGGGCCCAUAGGACCCGAAGGAAUACAGGGGCCUCGAGGAUCGGUGGGGCCAAAAGGUGACGAUGGUCCCCCAGGACAGCAGGGCGAACCAGGGACUAUUGGACAUCCGGGUCCUGAAGGGCCUAAAGGAGAUCCAGGAGGCAUAGGCUUGCCUGGAGAACGAGGGGAAACCGGCCCACAAGGCAUCAAGGGGGAACCAGGACCCGAUGGUCCCGAGGGCAGCAAUGGUCCUCCAGGCCCUCCAGGACCCAUAGGCCCACCCGGAAAACCUGGGGAAACUGGAAUACCGGGAAAUCCUGGAACUGAAGGAGCGGCUGGUACUCAAGGCAGCCCAGGAGUACCUGGUGAAAAGGGCGACAUGGGCCCAAAGGGUUCUACCGGAGAACCUGGCCCGCCAGGUCCAAUCGGACCUCCUGGACAAGAGGGACAGCAAGGAAUUAGAGGACAGGCAGGACCCGCCGGCGAUGUAGGUCCUCCUGGUGCAGUAGGGGUACCGGGUCCUACAGGCAAACAAGGGCCAGUUGGUAAUCCUGGUCCUAGAGGAGAAAAGGGCAAUAGAGGACCCAAAGGACACAUUGGAGAUACUGGACCUUCGGGUUUGAAAGGCGAUCAGGGUGACACGGGAAAACAAGGUUUACCUGGACCACCGGGGCCUGUUGGGCCUAAAGGAGAUAUGGGUCCAAUGGGUCCGCCAGGGCCUAAAGGGGAUACUGGUCCAGCCGGUUUGACUGGGCCUGAAGGACCUACAGGUCCAAAAGGCAAUACUGGUCCAGAAGGUAGACCGGGCCAGCCGGGGCCGCCGGGAACCCCUGGCCCACCAGGACCGCCCGCGCCACUACAAAUUCCCGAAGAACUCCUUAAUUCUUUAAAUAGACGACGAAGAAGCAUUGAGACAAAUUACAUGGAAACUGCUACAGAGGAUGAUAUUGAAGAAGAUGAAGAAUUAGAGUGGAUGAAGGAGAUCAUGACUGGCAUAGUGACUGCUCGUUCUGCGAUUGAGGCAGUGAACCGACCACGUGGAACCAGAGACAACCCAGCUCUCUCAUGCCGGGACUUGAGAAGCACUCAUGUCAAUUUCACCGAUGGAUACUACUGGAUAGACGCGCGAGGGGGUGGUGCCGGCGGGCGACCUUUACGUGUGUACUGCAAAGGACAAAACACCUGCGUCUUCCCCGACAACGCUGAACAAGUUGUGUACACUGCGGGCACGAACACACAAAAGUUCUCGCAACUUUAUAGUGGAUACCGGGUGUCUUACGAAGGUGAAGGGUCCGGCGCCGUACAACUUCGAUUCCUGAGGUUAUUGUCAAAUGUUGCGAAGCAAAAUUUUACGUACACUUGUAUUGAUGCCAAAGCUAUUCAAAGAGCUGAUAUACCGCCAGAAGUGACAAGAUUAAACAAUGUAAAACUGUUUGGCUACAACUCUGCUGAAUUCAAGGAACCAAUCUUGAUAAAAGAUGAGUGCAAGGAAGGAUUCGGUGAAAUUGUGCUCGAGAUAAAGACAUCAAGAAGUGAAAGACUGCCCAUAACAGACUUCCAACCGCUGUCAUUCGUCGACGCCGAACACCAAUUCACAUUUAACGUGGGCCCCGUUUGCUUCACGUGACACCGUUUGCCAUAACACUUUUAGAUAGUAUUGAACAUGGUUAAUUUAUUUAAACUAUGCACAUAUUAUUUAUGCACAUACAAACUAUACAUUGUUUUAUGCAUCUUUGUAAACAGACCAAAAGACCUCAAUGUCGCAUAGAAAUUUACAAUUUCUUUCGGUUUCGGUUUAGCCCGUUUAGUGGCGGUAAAUGGGCUUAAGUUUCAUUGUUACAGAUUGACAGUGUUUUUUCUGUCACAGCGUUCAGGCUUUAGUUGUUCUAUAAUUUUCUACGAGUAAUUAGUAAUUAUCAAAAUAGGUACCUACCUAUAUUGAGUUAUAAGUAAAAUUUUUAACCACGUUCUAUAUUAUCUUUUCCAAACUUAGUCAAAAUUAGUUUAGAGUUUUGUUUAUUCAAUACUAUGGAUAAAUGAAAUUCAAAACGUCGUUAGAUACCUAAAUGGUAUUUGAAGAGCAGCCUAGUUCAUAGAAGCGAUUAAAUACUAAUUGUGAAGAAUUGCUCUUUAUAAGGAAGACAUGGAGUAGAUAGUUAAGUUAAAGAUAUGACAUUAUGUACUUAAUUGACCUUUGUAAAUAUUGUAAAUAAAUGUUGUGACGACCUUACGUAGUAUUGACUCAUUUAUUAAAUCCUUUUUAAAUUAUCAAUAACUAAUGCUAAGGUAUGGAAAAUGUAAAUGACUGAAUGUGCAUUUUAACUAUGUAUUUAGAUACUUAGUUUUUACGGUCCUCAUAUUAUUUAUAUAUUUACGCCAAAAUACUCGUAUAUAAUAUGAAUAUCUUUAAUCAGAUCUUAAUCCGACAAAACUUUCAAUGUAACGGCUUACAUAUACCGAGUUACUACAUACUAAAAGAGAGAAGCCGCAGGCAGAAGCAAUUA